AUGCUGCUUCUGCUGCUGGUGUUGCCCGAGGUCCUCUGCCCAGGCGGUGGUGGUGAGAAAGCCUUUCGGGGGCCCACCUCCUACCACGCCAUCCAGAUCUCAUCCUUUAUCAACAGCAGCUUGACCCAGACCCAGGGCUUGGGAUGGUUGGGCGAUGUGCAGAUUCACGGCUGGGACAGUGUCGGCAAAAGGGCAGUUUUCCUGAAGCCCUGGUCCAAGGGGAACUUCAGUGAUGAGGAGGUGAAUGAGCUGGAGGAGCUCACCCAGGUCUACCUUAGUGGGUUGGUCCUAGAAGGGCAGGACCAUGCCUCUGAGUUCCAGAUGGAAUACCCCUUUGAGAUCCAGGGCAUAGCAGGCUGUAAGCUGUAUCCCAGUGGGGGCACCGUGAGCUUCUUUUGGGGAGCUUUAGGAGGACUGGACUUUCUGAGCCUCAAGAAUUACUCCUGUGUGCCCACCCCAGAGGGCGGUAGCAGGGCGCAGCGCAUCUGUGAGCUCAUCAGUCAGUACAAAGGCAUCCGGGAUAUUGCAGAGAAGCUCCUCUUUGAAACAUGCUCUCGGUAUCUCCUGGGUGUCCUCGAGGCAGGGAAGGCAGAACUGCAGAGACAAGUGAAGCCUGAGGCCUGGCUGUCCACUGGCCCCAGUCCGGGUCCCGGCCGUCUGCUGCUGGUGUGCCAUGUCUCGGGCUUCCACCCAAAGCCUGUGUGGGUGAUGUGGAUGCGGGGUGAGCAGGAGCAGCGGGGCACCCAGCGAGGUGACAUUCUGCCCCAUGCUGAUGGGACAUGAUAUCUCCGAGUGACCCUGGACGUGGCGGCCCAGGAGGCGGCUGGUCUAUUGUGCCGAGUGAGACACAGCAGUCUAGGGGGCCAGGACAUGGUCCUCUACUGGGGAAACCCCAUCUCCAUCGGCUUGAUAUUUUUGGCAAUAAUAGUGCCCUUUUUGAUCCUUUUGAUAGGUCUUCUGUUUUGGUUUUUGAGGCGCUGGUCAUAUCAGAGUAUCUCAUGA